CUGGUGCAACGUACUUAGCUUUGACUUUAGCUUAGAUGGCUAUGAUUUCGGAUAGCUAAUGACGUUAGUUACGCCGUUUUGAGUGAGGGUUCCGUCAGUUGGAGUGUUAUGAAAAUGGAUCAUAAACAAAUUGAAGUACAGAAAAGCGUCCGCGAAGAAAGUGAACAUAUCAGAGAUAUGUUGAAAGAUCUUUGUGAUUGGGAGAAAGAGAUAAAAGAAAGGGAAAAUUCUGUUCAAGGGGAAGAGCAAAGCAUUAAGAAUGUUCCGAUUCGGAGUCACGCUUCUAAACAUAACCUGAAUGACCAGAAAGUAAUAAAUGCGACGACUGAAACCAAUAUUUGCCAAGUUGAAGGUAAUACUGUAAAGGACUCUGAUGAUUCGCCUACAUUUUCUAAAAAGGAGUUGGCAAAUAUAUCAAAGGAAAAGGGAAAUUCUCUAGUUAAAUUGAGUCUAUACGAAGAUGCAAUAUAUCACUACAAUGAAGCUAUAGCAUAUUUUGGUUCUGAUUCAACAUUUUACACCAACAGAGCGCUAUGUUUUUUACGCCUAGAGAAAUAUAAUGAAUGUAUUGAAGACUGUAACAUUGCGAUAAAUCUCGAUUCGAAAUGUAUAAAAGCAUUUUAUCGCCGCAUGCAAGCCUAUGAGUCUCUUGGAGAUAUAGAUAAAUCACUUGCUGAUUGUAAUCGAGUUUUGAAUUUGGACCCUGGAAAUUUAGAUGCUAAAAGGAGCCAAGAUCGUAUCAAGAAAAGGAAAAACAGCUUCAAUUUCAACCUCUCAAAAUCAUUUCAAAGCAUACGUGAUGGUACUAAAGUUUUAGAACCAAGUUGGACACAAAUCGAUGGUUAUAUGAAAGAAAUUCCAGUUACUAUUAAACCUCCACAUCAGCGGUCAAAGAAACCAAUAAAGCGAGUUCCAGUUGAAGGGAUUUUCAUCGAUGAUUCUCAUUUAAACGAAAUCCCAAACGAGGUUAUCGAUAAAUUAUUUAACUGUAAUGAUUGUGGCGGUUUUAAGCAAGUCGAACCAAAACAAAAAGUUGAUAUUACACCAGAAAACAAGAAGUCUGCACAAAGAGCGGAUACAAAUACACAUCUUGAUGCUAUAGGACGAACAGAUGUACCCAAAUUGAGAAAGAUCGAUAAAGUACCGGGUAAACCAAACUCUCCAGUACAAUUCUAUGCAACGUGGAAAGAUUUGGAAAAGGAACAAAAAUUCCUCUAUUUGAAACAAUUAGAAUCUGCCAAUAUUUUGAAAAUUCUUGGAGCUGGGCUCGAAGUAGAUACUCUGUCUGAGAUUUUAUCAAUAAUAAGUGAAUAUUACAUUAGGGACAAAUGUGACGUUUCUAUACUGUCUGAAAUCAGUAAACACGAUGAAAUCUCGAUUAUUUCUAUGUUCCUUUCAGACAAGGAUCAUGAAGCUCUGGAAAAGAUUGUGGGGUAUAUGCGACAAAGUGGUUACGAUGAAAAUCUAAUUGCCCAUAUAUGUACUAAAUUUGCAGUAAAGUUUAAAUAAAUAUAAAUAUUGUUAUUUAAA